AUGGAAAUGUAUGGACUGGUGAUAUCACACAGACCCUUAACUAUAAGACUGAUCCUGUUUUUUGGUGCCCCUUUUGGUCAUAUCUACUGUCAAGAAACAUUUGUAGGAUAAGUUAUGCUUUCUGGUCAGAUCCUUGAGAUCAUACCAAGGAAUGAAGAACAAAUAAAAAAUCUUGUGGAAUUGGAGGCUAAAGAACAUCUUCAGCUUAAUUUCUGGAAAUCACCCACCAUCCCAGGAGAGACAACCCAUGUCCGAGUUCCCUUUGUCAGCAUCCAGGCAGUCAAAGUUUUCUUAGAGUCCCAGGGAAUUGUUUAUUUCAUCAUGAUGGGAAGUGUUCAGGUUCUGUUGGACAAGAAGAAUGAAGAAAUGUUACUUAAUCAGAGAAGAGAAUGGAAUGGUAGUUUCAACUUUGAGGCUUAUCGUAUCUUGGAAGAGAUUUCUCAAGAAAUGAAUAACCUCGUUGCUGAGCACCCUGGUCUAGGGAGCAAGGUGAACAUUGGCUAUCCUUUUGAAAACCAGCUCAUGAACGUACUCAAGUUCAGCACUGGAGGAGACAAGCUGGCCAUCUGGCGAGGGGCCGGGAUCCAUGCCCGGGAGUGGGUUACACAACUUAGUUCGCUGUGGACAGCAAGUAAGAUUGCCUCUGAUUAUGGAAAUGAUCCAUCCAUUACUUUGAUUUUGGAUAUAAUGGAUGUCUUCCUGUUGCCAGUCACCAACCCGGAUGGCUAUGUGCUCUCUCAAACCAAAACUCAUAUGUACUGGAAGACCCGAUCCAAGUUAUCUGGAAGCCUCUGUGUUGGUGUUGAUCCUAACUGGAACUGGGACACAGGUUUUGGAGGACCUGGGGCUAACAACAACUCUUGCUCUAAUUCAUACCAUAGACCCAGUGCCAACUCUGAAGUUGAAGUGAAAUCCUUAGAGGACUUCACCAAGAGUCAUGGAGAAGUCAAGGCCAUCAUUACUCUCCACAGCUAUUCCCAGCUCUUCCUGUUCCCCUGGGUGUAUGCAUGUGCCGAGUCACAUAACUUUGAUGAGUUGGAAAUAAAGAAUGAAGUGGCCCAAGAGAAUGCCCAAUCUCUGACAAGCCUGCACGGCACCAUGUACAAAAUGGGACCUGUCUGUUUAGUCAUCUACCAAGGCAGUGGAGGAAGCAUCGACUGGUUCAAUGACUCUGGCAUCAAAUACUCGUUUGUCUUUGCACUGAGAAAUACAGGUCUAUAUGGCUUCCUCCUGCUGGCCAAUCAGACCUUGCCCACAGCAAAAGGGACCUGGCUUGGCUUGAAGACAAUCAUGGAGCAUAUUCAAGACCAUCCUUACUAG